ACCGUUUUACCAUGUUUAGUUAUUCUUUCAUUAAAAUUUCUUGACAAUUACUGUUGAGAAAUUGCACCGAACUUCUCUUUAUUUUGACUGCUUACUUAACGAGACCAGCUGAGCCGAUAGACCACAGACAACUACAAAAUGGCAGAAGUAGGAAAACAAAUGCCAAAGCUGAAUCUUCAGCAGGAUGCCCCUAAAUUAUCUCAGUCACAGUUGGACUACAUGAAACUGAUUGAAAGACAGAACAUGGAACGAGUUCGCAAACUUGCAAGACUGAGGAGGAACAAUAUCGGCGUAGGUAUUGUUUUAGGUGCCGGUGUCCUCGGAAUCUACGGAUACUCAAUUUUUUCUGUUAAGCAAGAAAAGUUUUUGGAUGAAUUGGAGUGAUACUAUAUUAGGUUUAUUUUACUGGAAUAUUUCUGUCUUGUACAUACUAAAUGUUAGCUUUAAGGAAUUUUUCAAAUUAAGGUUCUUUAGGAUAGUUUAUGUGAUGAAUAUUUGUUAGUGUUUUGAACAGAACGCAUAGCAGGAAUGAGGUUUAUCCUGCUUUCUAAUAUUUGGGUCAAUUUCUGAUUCUGAUGAUCAAAUAGUUUCACUAUUGAAACUGUUUUUCACUUCUGGCAUAAAUUUUGGCCAUAGCCUAUUGAUAUGUGAUCCUAUGGAUUUUAAGGUUUGUCCAAGUUACUAUAAAUUCAACAGUUGCUGUAAAGUUCCAUUGCACUUUUUGUUCAGUACCUUCAUGAGUGAUUGAAGGUGAACUUAAUUAGUCUGUUGUGCUCAGGUUAUCGGGUUCUUUUAUAAAGUCAGAGGUGAAAUGUGUGAUCCAAAUAUUCUACAAUCAUUGUUUAAUAGCCCAAUAAUAUAAUAAUAUAUUGUAAAUAAACUGUAUUGUUUACCUUA